UAAAGCGGGCGCUGUGACGUCAUAUCCAUGCGGCAUCUUUGUCAGUGAACAAAAUGGCGACGUACAUCCUGACCGCUAGCAGGCUGCAGCAAGCCCUGAGCCAUGGGGUCCGGAGGUACCAUCUCUCCGCUGUGUGUUGGCGGGCCAAAAUAGCCAUGAGUCGCUUCGAGCCCAGUGAGUACGUCAAUUAUGAGUUGCUGCGGAAAAACGUUGACAUCGUUCACAAAAGGUUGGACAAACCCUUGACACUUUCAGAGAAGAUUGUUUAUGGUCACUUAGAGGAUCCUGUUAACCAAGCGAUAGGUCGCGGGAAAACCUACCUGCGCCUCCGUCCUGAUCGGGUGGCGAUGCAAGAUGCCACUGCCCAGAUGGCCAUGCUUCAGUUCAUCAGCAGUGGCUUGUCCCGGGUAGCAGUGCCAUCUACAAUCCACUGUGACCACUUAAUUGAGGCUCAGGUCGGCGGAGAAAAGGAUCUGGCAAGAGCCAAGGAUCUGAAUGAAGAAGUUUAUAAUUUCUUGGCAACGGCAGCUGCGAAGUAUGGGGUCGGCUUUUGGAAACCUGGUUCUGGCAUCAUCCAUCAGAUUAUUUUGGAGAACUAUGCUUAUCCUGGUGUGCUGCUGAUUGGAACAGACUCACAUACUCCAAAUGGUGGUGGUCUGGGUGGCAUCUGUAUUGGAGUCGGAGGAGCAGAUGCAGUGGAUGUGAUGGCUGGGAUUCCAUGGGAACUAAAGUGUCCAAAGGUUAUCGGAGUGAAGCUCACAGGACAUUUGUCAGGCUGGACGUCACCAAAGGAUGUUAUCCUGAAAGUGGCAGGCAUUCUGACAGUUAAAGGGGGCACUGGCGCAAUAGUGGAAUAUCAUGGGCCAGGUGUGGAGUCCAUAUCAUGCACAGGCAUGGCUACAAUCUGCAACAUGGGUGCGGAGAUUGGAGCAACCACUUCAGUUUUCCCCUACAACCAUAGGAUGAAGAAAUACAUGGAAAAGACUGGCAGAGCAGAGAUUGCUGCCAUUGCUGAUGAAUUCCAGGACCUGCUAGUUCCUGAUGAGGGCUGUCAAUAUGAUCAACUCAUUGAAAUUAACCUGACUGAGCUUAAACCACAUAUUAAUGGUCCAUUCACCCCUGACCUUGCACACCCAGUGUCAGAGAUUGGAACAGCCGCUGAGAAAAACGGUUGGCCUCUUGAUAUUCGAGUAGGCCUGAUCGGCAGCUGCACCAACAGCAGUUAUGAGGAUAUGGGCCGGUCAGCUGCUGUGGCACAACAGGCGAUUGACCACGGACUGAAGUGCAAGUCCCAGUUCACUGUAACACCAGGCUCCGAGCAGAUCCGUGCUACCAUCGAGAGGGAUGGAUACGCUCAAGUUCUGAGGGAUGUCGGUGGGAUUGUUCUCGCUAAUGCAUGUGGGCCCUGCAUUGGACAGUGGGACAGGCGGGACGUUAAGAAAGGUGAAAAGAACACGAUUGUGACCUCCUACAACAGGAACUUCACUGGGCGCAAUGAUGCCAACCCUGCUACCCAUGCCUUUGUCACAUCACCUGAGGUCGUUACAGCCCUAUCCAUUGCUGGCACCUUGAAAUUUGACCCCGAGCGCGACUCGCUGGUUGGAGCUGACGGGAAGGAGUUUAAAUUGAAGGCACCGAACGCCGAUGAGCUGCCUGCCAAGGACUUUGAUCCAGGCCAGGAUACGUAUCAGCACCCACCAAAAGACUCCAAGGGCAUUGAAGUAAAUGUCAGCCCAAAGAGCCAGCGGUUACAGCUGUUGUCACCGUUUGAUCAGUGGAACAAGAAAGACUUGGUGGACAUGCGCAUAUUGAUUAAGGUGAAAGGGAAAUGUACCACUGAUCACAUAUCUGCUGCUGGGCCUUGGCUGAAGUUCCGUGGCCACCUUGAUAAUAUUUCCAAUAACCUGCUAAUCGGAGCAAUUAACAUCGAGAAUAACAAAGCAAAUGAGGUUAAAAACCACCUCAACAACAAAUAUGGACCUGUGCCUGACACAGCACGUGCUUACAAGGAACAAGGUAUUAACUGGGUGGUGAUUGGUGAUGAGAAUUACGGCGAGGGUUCCAGCCGUGAGCACGCAGCCCUCGAGCCUCGGCACCUGGGAGGCCGUGCCAUCAUCGUCAAGAGCUUUGCUCGAAUCCACGAAACCAAUCUGAAGAAACAAGGUCUGCUGCCUCUGACCUUCUCCAAUCCCAGUGAUUAUGACAAGGUGCAGCCGGAUGAUAAAGUCUCCAUCAUUGGGCUGAAUGAAUUUGCACCUGGAAAGCCUCUCACUUGCAUCCUUAAGCAUAAGGAUGGCAGCCAGGAUACGAUUCUACUCAACCACAGCUUCAACGAGGGACAGAUUGAAUGGUUCCAAGCCGGCAGUGCCCUCAACAGAAUGAAGCAACUACAAAAAUAAGGCGACCGGCUGCAGUGAGGGAAACGGACUGUGUCCAGCACAAUUGUACAAACGGAGUCAUCCCGCUGCCUCGCCCACUCACUGCUCGUCCUUCAAUAACCGUCACUGUGACGCCCAGUAGUGUGCACGCUCCCUUCCGACAAUCAACAUUUGUCCUGCGCUUGCCAUUUGAUUUUUUAAAAAAAAUAAUUUGUUCACUGUCUCCUACCUCGGCAUGGUGAAUGGAGCCCAAUCUCCGUCAGCCUGUUGGUAAUAAUUUAUUUUUUAUUUCUGUAAGUUUUGUUUUGUCACCCCUCCACCCCACCCCCAACUCGCCAGUGGAACCAAACCAACCGGAUUUGGUUUAUUUCGAUCUGUGACGUUUCUGUGAUGAUUCAUUUCGAUCUGAUCUGUCAAGGUGCCGCAAAUCAAGUAAAAUGUGGUUUUUUGAGGAAAAAAGGCAAGAACAAUGCCCCAAUAAAAUCCAAAAGCUGAAACCUUUACUUGCAAGAGCUUGGUGAAUGUCUGCCAGUGCCUGGACCCUGUAACUAUGUCUGGUGAAUGAUUGCCAGUACCUGAGGACCAUCAGUUCCAGGAGCAUGAGGCCUGAUUAAGGAUUGGGAAUAGCUACUGAAGUUGCUUUAUAACACUUAGUAGUCUGUGAGAGUUGGUAAAUAUUUACCUACCCUAGCAGUCCAGGAGCCUAACACUGGCAAACAGUUAUUUGUCUCUAUGUCACAAGUUCUCGUUCAUUACCAGUUUUAGAUACCAGGUGCCAGUUCUACUCGAGGCAUUUGUGAUGGCCUUAGCCUAUUUGGUAACAAAACUCCCGCAGUACUGAUGGAAAGGCACUUGUAUUUUUGCUCAGCGAGGAAGGAAUAGGAAUGCACCAACAGCUUGGCUCAAGGAGAGUUGCCCAUGGAUUCUUGUGAUCAAUAUCUGCCCAGCAACACUUGGCAUUGACCUUGCUAGCCAGUCGUGUUCUUCAUUUGCUAGAUGUGCCAAUGUUACGUUUGUACCAAGGGCAGCAACAGUCCAUCACUGACCUGCCGAGUUAUUGGCGGUCUAUGGGGAGAGCCCUUCUAACCCACCCAGCUAGCUGUGGUAAUAACCUUGCUAGCCAGUUGUGUGCUCCGGUUGCUUGAUGUUGGCUGGUUUGGCUUCGUCUUUGAAACUGAAGGAGAGGUUGUCAGGACCUGCUUUGAAGAUGAGUAUAAUUUAUUGCUUUGUUAGGAUAGUUUAGCUGUAAACAUACUUCAGUGGCUGGUUGGUAAGUUGAUGGAGUAGAUCCUGAGAGUCAGGAUUUAUGGACAUUUGGAGGGGCAAAAUAUGAUAAGGAAUAGUCAGCAUGGCUUUGUGAAAGGCAGGUCAUGCCUUACGAACCUGAUUGAAUUUUUUGAGGAUGUGACUAAACACAUUGAUGAAGGAAGAGCAGUAGAUGUACUGUAUAUGGAUUUCAUCAAGGCAUUUGACAAGGUACUCCAUGCAAGGUUAUUGAGAAAGUAAAGAGGCAUGGGAUCCAAGGGGACAUUACUUUGUGGAUCCAGAACUGGCUUGCCCACAGAAGGCAAAGAGUGGUUGUAGACGGGUCAUAUUCUGCAUGGAGGUCAAUCACCAGUGGUGUGCCUCAGGGAUCUGUUCUGGGACCCCUACUCUUUGUGAUUUUUAUAAAUGACCUGGAUGAAGAAGUAUCCAUUGCAUUGAGUUGAUGGGCUGAAUGGCCUGGUGAGAAUUAUAUGAAAAGUGGCUGCUGGAAUAACAUGGUCAUGUUUGGCAAUGUGCAAUCUAGUUGGAAGUUUAAGCAGUUUUGAAUUUUAAUCUUACACCAGUCAUUUCUUGAAACAACAGCAGUCUUGGCACUUGUACUCUGUGUUCUGCUUUUAAGCCAACUUUUGCUAUUGGCCCUCAAAGGUUAUGGUGAGAAGGCGGGGCAGUGGGACUAAAUAGGAUAAAAUGGCGGAGCAGACUCGAUGGGCCGAAUGGCCUACUUCUGCUCCUUUGUCUCAUGGUCUUAAAUUCAAUGAGCCACCGUUCUGCUUGGCAACCUUUUGUGCAGUUCUUUGUAUGGAUUUUGGGAAUAUGCUUGAUCAGCUCCCAACUGCUGCAUCCCCUUCACCAGCCUUCCGUGUGCCCUCAUCAAAAUCAUAACUCUCUUUGCCCUAGCUCUAUCCCUGACUUCUGAAUCCAAAAUAUCCUUGCUUAAUGAAAUGCCAUGCAAUGUUGAGUCUUCAGUUGACCACUGCCUUGCUCACUUUUAUGGACAGAGUUCCAGGUUUGCUACCCAUUAAAAUGAAGCAAUUCCUGCCAACAACUCUAAACAGUUUAUAUUGACUGGGUUGGGGUUGGCAACUCCAGGACUUUGCUGUUCCUCAGCCACAGAAUGUUUAUACAUCUCAUGUCCCUGUCUCCUCUCAUAACUUUCUACUGGUCACUAGUAUGUCAGUGAAACAAACUAGCUUAAUCUCUGCAAUCUGCAGAAAAGGUAGGUCCUAUAAAAACAUGUACAAAUGUCAUGAAAACGCUUGUUAACCAGCCAUUCUGCAGUUGGCUAACUUACACUGAGGAUUACAUAAAAAACCAGGAACAGGAGUAGGCCACUCGGCCCUUUCAGUCCAUCCUGCCAUUCAUAUAAUCAUUAUUGUGCCCAGACCUCAUCUCUAAUGGAGUCAUUAGUAAGCUUUCAUUGUGGAUUCUCCAAACCAGUAUGAAGAUCUCAUUAUCUUUAAUUAUGCAGUCUAGGAAAGAACCUAGACUGGUGUAGAUCUAGCUUCUCACUGCGUUAGGGUCAGAGGAAUAUCAAGCCAGUGUUCUAUGUCUGAUAAUUACUCCUCAAAUUACAGUAUUUCUUAGGGUCACCAACUCCAUUUGGAGAUUUCAUCAGGUUUUUAUAGGACCUUUGUACCUCUUAGUCAAACACUUUUCCACUUCACCCAGCAUUAAUUGACAGACGUUCAAGAUAAAGCAGCUACUUUUUUUCUCCCGGAUGUUGAUAGAUCUGACCAGAGUGUUCAUUUUUAGUUCCUUAAAUCUCUGAGGCUCUGAUGCUAACCAACAUCAGGGAUGGACAGAAGGGCCAGUUACUUGGUUCUUCCAACAUACAACAGUGCUUUCAAUAAUACUAACACCCAAGACCAGAACACAGACAAUAUCUUUGAAUACCUCUAAUAACCCUGCCUCCACAACCCUAUCGGGUAUCGACUGGCCACCAUUGCAUGUUGGAUUUAAAUCACCGACCAAUGUGUCCUCUUGUUUAAGUUUCUCUCACUCUUGGAAGCAUCUUGACAUACGUUCAAUCCUACUCUCUCAGGAUCACCUACAUUUCAAAACAAAAAUUACCCUUUUCUUCUACAGUGUUAAUUAGAAUAUAGUGUUAAUUCUUUUAGUUGCUUGUGAUAGGACAACCUUCUCACUCCUCAUGAAUCUGUUUUGGACGGCCUCCAAUAUUAGUAAAUCCUUUCCUAAAUAAGGUGAUGAAAACUCUGCACUGUUCUCUGGUUGUGGCCUCACCAAUACCCUGUACAAUUGUAACAUACUUCCCUAUUACUAACACUACCAUCUUGCAUGAAGAGGGAUUUAUUACGUUGCAGUGUUUGUGUUUAUUUUUGGUAUAGAGCAUUUAUUACUUUCAAUAGCUCUGAGGUGGUAUGUAUAUAA